UCUAAACUUCUUUGCGAGUGGCUGCGUUUUUUCGCGUUCCCGAGUGUUCCAUCGUCUACUGCAAUUGUUUUGUUUGAGUGAAGCUUCCCGGCAUAAACAACAAUGGCGCGUACCAAGCAGACAGCACGUAAAUCCACCGGAGGAAAGGCUCCUCGCAAGCAGCUGGCCACCAAAGCCGCCCGUAAGAGCGCCCCGUCGACCGGUGGCGUCAAGAAGCCCCAUCGCUACCGUCCGGGUACGGUUGCCCUGCGAGAAAUUCGCCGAUACCAGAAGUCAACGGAGUUGCUGAUCCGCAAACUCCCGUUCCAGCGACUGGUGCGUGAAAUCGCCCAAGAUUUCAAGACCGAUUUGCGUUUCCAAUCGGCCGCUAUUGGUGCUUUGCAGGAGGCCAGCGAGGCCUAUCUGGUUGGUCUGUUUGAAGACACCAACUUGUGCGCUAUCCACGCCAAGCGUGUCACAAUCAUGCCCAAGGACAUCCAGCUGGCGCGCCGCAUCCGAGGAGAACGCGCUUAAAUAGCUGCGCUAGUAAUAAUCAUCUUACAUUUUUUUAUUUUAAUUUUAAAAUAUAACUAUCGUACAACAUGCGUAAAUGCAAGUUCUAUAAAGUAUAUAACAUUUGGUGAUCGGUCUGAUGCGAUGGCUGACGGAGAAAAUAAAAAUCCAAGAUCACUAUCCAUCUCUCGUAGAUUGAAUAUUUAACAACGGUCAGAUGUGUGAAAGUUUAUCAAUAGCAGCCUGCAUUUUACACUUGCGCCCGCAAGGAAUAGCUCCAUUGCAAUCCAGAACUAGUUUCGAUGGAACACAAGCGCUAAAAUAGUAACUCCGUUUUCGUACAAAAUUGAGUAACACAUGUGCACGUAACCAGUACAUACCAGAACACGGAUAUUCACACUCUUUUUGUCAUACUGCAUAAGACCGUUCAGACAUUAAUUCGUAAUAAAAUGAUCUUAAUACAGUAAUACACAUUCAAGAUGUAGAUUAACUGUCCUA